ACGUGAAUGACACCGGCUGGGAUUGAUGGCUAUGGUGCGAUGGCACUAACUUGGAGCAUGUAAUUACCUAAGGAACGGCCGCUGAGUGAGUAAGGAGACAGGCUCAGUGGCAACAGAUGUGUGGACCUCGUCUUAAUGACACCCCUGAGCUCUCCAAGGGGCGGUGUUGUUCGCUAGGGUGAUACGAAAGCAUGGGAGAGAGAAAGAGUGAGGGGAUAGAGAGAGAGGAAUAGAGUGAAGAGAGGGAGAGACUACGCCUGUCGCUUACAGGAAUAACCAGCGCCUCCUCCUCCACUCACCAAAACCAGUUGACAAAAGUACAGACGCUGGUGCGCAACUGGCUCAGGAGCGCAACAGUAGCCAACAAAAGCAAAAAAGUUGUUUUCAGUUAGACUGGACUUACACCAUGAGAGUGGAGCGGUGUUGGUCGGGAUGUUCCGGACUAGCCCUCUGCGGACUUCUGGUCUUCCUCCUGGGGAUGUCUGUCCAGCCAGCACAGGCAGGCUGCGGUGAGAGAGAGUCGCCCAACUGUUGCAGCGGUCGGAACAAUGAAUGUUUUGAGUACACUAAGCGAAAAACUGUGUGUUAUUGCGACACAUAUUGCCAGAAAACCGGGGACUGCUGCGAGGACUACAAGAGCGUGUGUCAAAUAUCUGCAGCUAUAGACUGUGUGGUGGGCUCGUGGGGGGCCUGGUCUGCGUGCUCGUCUCUGUGUGGGGGGGGCAGUACGGAGCGCAGUCGUCAGGUGCUCACGCCCCCCCGCUACGGCGGCACCCCCUGCCCCGACCUCAAGCAGCGCCGCGGCUGCCUCGGACACGCACGCCACUGCAAGGCCCGAGAGGUGGCUAAAAUCCUGCCUGACUCCUUCAAGAGGAAUUUUAAGGACCCCUGGAGAAGACCCCAUAUGCUCAUGAAAGAGGAGGCCCAGGCGAUGGUUUUUGCAGGGCUCAGUGCAAAUGCAGAUUGUUUCCUGUGUUGCAAACUUAAGUUCGAGAGGAACGUGACGAAAACUUGCCACGCCUCCACUUCCUAUAAACUUGAUGGCUUAGCCAACGCUCACCUGCCGGUGCUUCUGCAGCGUUUUUUCUCGCUCGCAAAGCAACAGCAGCACCGGCCGGCGGCCUAA